AGACAAAGCAAAGCACGGCGGACGUCCACCGAAGAGAAGUGAACUGAGAGGCAGCGCGAAAUCGAGACGAAUAUACUUAUUACAUAUCCUAAGCCAAAAUGAACAAAUAUGUCUUGAUGGCUGUAUGCCUGAUGGCCACUUUGGGGGCCAUAUUAAUCGAGGUGCAGGCCAGUCCCAAGCCGCAGCAGGUGAAUGCCGGUCAAUUGGGUGGCUUAACAUCCCAGUUCCUGCCUCCAGAAUAUCGGAAUACAAAUGUCAGCGUGGAUGACAUCAAACGCAUGUAUAGAGAGAAAUGCAAAAAGGUAACCGGUUCGGAGAACUCUACUCUCUAUUUGGAGAUUGAGAAGGCCACAGCCAAAAUGUCUACGUGUUUGUCCAAGGUGGCAAAUCUAACGGCAUUGCAGGAGGAAAUGGAAGUGGCAAAGCCAACUGGCGAUUUGGAUACAGUAUUCCACAAGUAUUGCCAAAAGGCCCCCGAGGCGGAGAACUGUGUCAAGGAGUUCAAUGAGAAAAUCCAGCCAUGUCUGAGCGUUGAGGAGAAACACCAACAGGCCACCAUGAUGCGUAUUGGGGCAGCCCUCCUGGGAUUCGCCUGCACUCGAGGCGGUGAUCAGAUUGCCCUCUUUGUCGCCGAACAGGGUCCCGAGUGCCUGGAAGCCAACAAGGAGGCCAUUAGCCACUGCAUGAACCGUUCCUUCCAUCAGUACAUUCCCAAAGAUGGCCAGAUCUCCGACCUGAUGAGCCGCCCCGAACUCCUAUUCACGCCCACCCACUGUGUCGACUUGCAGAGCUUCGAGGCAUGUGUGGUGCAUCAUUUGGAGCAAUGUUCCGAGAUUACACCAGCGAAUAUAGUUCAGUCGAUUUUCCGUUUCGUUAAGAACGAGACCGAUUGCCAGGCCUGGAUGAAUGCCCGAUCCAAUGAGAAGCCAAUUCUAAUGGCAGCCAGCGGGAAUGGCACAGGAGCUGCCACUCAAUUAACCACCACUCUGGCGAGUACUUUAAUCCUAACUGUGGGUGCCAUGGUGCUACGUAACUAGUUAAUCGAAAGAAAAACCAAAUGCGAUACACGAGUUUUAUAGGGCAAAAGUUUAUUUUGCAAUUUUUUUAGUGCCUCAAAAGUGUUUUUUUUUUGUGUUUUUUUUUUUUUUGGUAUCAUAUUCUUAGAGGGUUGCGUCAUAUUGUUCACCUUCCACCCUGCAAUUACCUCUACCUACCAUAUUUAUUGCUAAUAAUAAACGAAACGAUUGCUAAGUAAAUAAAA